AUGUCUACUGCCAAGAGGGAAUCAUGGAUUCCGGAUGUUGCUUUCUCUUCGGAUGGAUACAAAAGUCUUUCGAUGAAUUCUCCAUCUUCUUCUUCUUCCUCAGUUCCAAAAUACCAGCUCACUCCAGUACUGCUGCCGCCGCCAGAGUUCGAUUACAAGCAACUUCAGGUGGGAUCCAAUAUCAUCUUCAGCGAUGAAAAAAAGUUCAAUCUGGACGGGCCGGACGGCUUCAACAGUUACUGGCACGACCUGAAGAAGGAUCCCCUCCAUUUCUCCAAGCGUAACUUCGGUGGUGGUCGUCUUAUGGUCUGGGGAGCAUUCUCUUCUGCCGGUACUGUGGAUUUGGCGUUCGUCUCCUUCAGAAUGAACUCGACAGACUAUCAGGAUGUCAUGACUGCCAAACUGAUCCCAUAUCUUCGCCGUUUCAUAGGCGUCAGCUCACAUAUCAACAGGACAAUGCUUCGAUUCAUGCGAGCAGAUCGACUUUGGACUGGUUCAAGUCCAAAAAAAUCAAGGUGA